CAUCCUCUUCGGCACCAACAACGACAGCAGCAUCUCCGGGGUGUGGCUCUUCCGCGGGCAGGAGCUGGCCUUCCAGGUGGGGGACAUCUCCAUGUCACCUCAUGUCACCUCUGUGUGUCCUUACGUCACCUCCAUGUCACCUCUGUGUGUCCUUAUGGUGGCCUUCCAGGUGGGGGACAUCUCCAUGUCACCUCCGUGUCACCUCAUGUCACCUCAUGUCACCUCUGUGUGUCCUUAUGGUGGCCUUCCAGGCUGGGGACACCUCAUGUGUCACCUCCAUGUCACCUCAUGUCACCUUCAUGUCACCUCAUGUCACCUCUGUGUGUCCUUAUGGUGGCCUUCCAGGUUGGGGACAUCUCGUGUCACCUCCAUGUCACCUCUGUGUGUCCUUAUGUCACCUCCAUGUCACCUCUGUGUGUCCUUAUGGUGGCCUUCCAGGUUGGGGACACCUCCAUGUCACCUCUGUGUGUCCUUAUGGUGGCAUUCCAGGCUGCGGACACCUCCAUGUCACCUCAUGUCACCUCAUGUCACCUCUGUGUGUCCUUAUGUCACCUCAUGUCACCUCAUGUCACCUCUCUGUGUCCUUAUGGUGGCCUUCCAGGUUGGGGACAUCUCAUGUCACCUCAUGUCACCUCCGUGUUACCUCAUGUCACCUUCUGUCACCUCUGUGUGUCCUUAUGUCACCUUAUGUCACCUCUGUGUGUCCUUAUGGUGGCCUUAUGGUGGCAUUCCAGGUUGGGGACACCUCCAUGUCACCUCAUGUCACCUCUGUGUGUCCUUAUGGUGGCCUUCAGGUUGGGGACACCUCAUGUGUCACCUUAUGUCACCUCUGUGUGUCCUUAUGGUGGCCUUCCAGGUUGGGGACAUCUCAUGUCACCUCAUGUCACCUCCGUGUCACCUCAUGUCACCUCUGUGUGUCCUUAUGUCACCUCCAUGUCACCUCUGUGUGUCCUUAUGGUGGCCUUAUGGUGGCCUUCCAGGUUGGGGACAUCUCAUGUCACCUCUGUGUGUCCUUAUGGUGGCCUUCCAGGUUGGGGACACCUCCAUGUCACCUCUGUGUGUCCUUAUGUCACCUUCUGUCACCUCUGUGUGUCCUUAUGGUGGCCUUCCAGGUUGGGGACACCUCCAUGUCACCUCCAUGUCACCUCCAUGUCACCUCCAUGUCACCUCUGUGUGUCCUUAUGUCACCUCAUGUCACCUCUGUGUGUCCUUAUGGUGGCCUUCCAGGCUGGGGACACCUCAUGUGUCACCUCCAUGUCACCUCAUGUCACCUUCAUGUCACCUCAUGUCACCUCCAUGUCACCUCCAUGUCACCUCAUGUCACCUCUGUGUGUCCUUAUGGUGGCCUUCCAGGUUGGGGACAUCUCCAUGUCACCUCCAUGUCACCUCUGUGUGUCCUUAUGUCACCUCAUGUCUCCUCUGUGUGUCCUUAUGGUGUCCUUAUGGUGGCCUUAUGAAGGCCUUCCAGGUUGGGGACACCUCAUGUGUCACCUCCGUGUCACCUUCUGUCACCUCUGUGUGUCCUUAUGGUGGCCUUCCAGGUUGGGGACACCUCCAUGUCACCUCCAUGUCACCUCCAUGUCACCUCCAUGUCACCUCUGUGUGUCCUUAUGUCACCUUCUGUCACCUCUGUGUGUCCUUAUGGUGGCCUUCCAGGUUGGGGACAUCUCCAUGUCACCUCAUGUCACCUCCAUGUCACCUCUGUGUGUCCUUAUGGUGGCCUUUUGGUGGCCUUCCAGGUCACUGUCACCUCAUGUGUCACCUCCGUGUCACCUCAUGUCACCUUCAUGUCACCUCAUGUCACCUCAUGUCACCUCUGUGUGUCCUUAUGGUGGCCUUAUGGUGGCCUUCCAGGUUGGGGACAUCUCCAUGUCACCUCCGUGUCACCUCAUGUCACCUCAUGUCACCUCAUGUCCUUACGGUGGCCUUCCAGGUCGCUGCUGUGUCCCCAACCCCCCAUAUUCCCCCUCUAUUCCCCCUCAGCCCCCCCAUAUCCCCCCCAGCCCCCCAGACUGACCC